GCCGGGACGGGAUCCGGGACCCGGGAUCCGGGCCUGGGCAGCCGGCGGGAACCGGGCGGGGGCGCACCGGCCGCGCUGCGGGCCGCCGGGGAGACGAGGCGAUGGCGGUGCAGGCGGCGCUCCUCAGCACGCACCCCUUCGUCCCCUUCGGCUUCGGGGGCUCCCCGGACGGGCUGGGGGGCGCCUUCGGAGCCCUGGACAAGGGCUGCUGUUUCGAGGACGAUGAGCCCGGGAUGCCGGCGGGCGCACUGCUGGCGGGCACCGAGGGCGGGGACGUGCGCGAGGCCACCCGCGACCUGCUCAGCUUCAUCGACUCGGCGUCCAGCAACAUCAAGCUGGCCCUGGACAAGCCGGGCAAGUCCAAGCGGAAGGUGAACCACCGCAAGUACCUGCAGAAGCAGAUCAAGCGCUGCAGCGGCCUGAUGGGCGCCGCGCCCCCCGGCCCGCCCUCCCCGGGCGCCGCCGACACUCCGGCCAAGCGGGCGCUCGGCACCCCCAGCGCGCAGACGGCCGCGGUCCCGGCCCACGGCAAGGCGGCCCCCCGGCGGGACGCCUCGCAGGCCGCGGCCGCCAGCCUGCAGAGCCAGAGCCUGGCUGCGCUCUUCGACUCGCUGCGCCACGUACCCGGGGGCGCCGAUUCCGCCGGGGGUUCGGGGGCGGCGCCCCCAGCCGGGCUCGUCGGAGCGGGCUCUGGGGGUGCGGGAGGGGAUGCGCUCGGCCCUGCGGGGGGUACGGCGGUCCCCGGCGCCCGGAAGGUCCCGCUGCGUGCCCGCAACCUGCCCCCGUCCUUCUUCACCGAGCCGUCCCGGACGAGCGGCGGCGGGUGCGGCCCGUCGGGGUGCGGCGUGAACCUGUGCGACCUGGAGAAGGGCCCCGAGACCCUGGAGUUCUUCGAGCUGCUGGGGCCCGACUACGGUGCCGGCUCCGAGGCGGGCGUCUUGCUCGCCGCGGAGCCUCUGGAGGUGUUCCCCGCCGGCGCCACGGUCCUGCGGGGACCCCCGGAGCUGGAGCCCGGCCUCUUUGAGCCGCCGCCGGCGAUGGGGGCAAGCCUACCGUACCCCGAGCCCUGGAGCGCCCCGGCCUGUGCCCCGACCAAGAAGCCGUCCCUGGCGGCCCCCCGCGGCGGCUCGACCUUGACCGAGCCCUUACGCCUCCUGUACCCCGCCGCGGUCAGUUCCCCCGGCGGGGAGGACGGGCCGGGCCCCUUGGCCUCUUUCGGCCCCUUCUUCUCGGACUGCGUCCUGCCCCCGCCGCCGCCGCCGCCGCCCCGCCAGGUGUCCUACGAUUUGUGCGCGGGCUACGGGCGCGCCGCUUACUCCGGCCUUUGGAGACCCGACGGGGUUUGGGAAGGGGACCCGGGGGAGGAGGGAGCGCCCCGGGACUGACGCGAGGGACCCCUCCCUCCCGUGAGAGACUGCUGUGGAGACUCCGGGUCUCCCCCAAAACUAAAGGACGAUUGGAAAAUGCACGUGGAGAUGAAACGGGAUUAAAAGUUUCAAUGAAUAAAAGAAACGCGAAAAAGAGA